GUCCAGGAACAGCUCAAGGGACAGCCCCAGGGAUGGGUCAAGGGACACGUCCAGGGUCAGUCCCAAGUACAGGUCCAGGAACAGCCCCAGGGAUGGGUCCAGGGACAGGUACAGGUCAAGGGACAGCCCCAGGGACAGGUCAAGGGACAUGUCCAGGAACAGCCCCAGAUACAGGUCAAGGAACAGCCCCAGAUACAGGUCAAGGGACAGCCCCAAGGACAGGUCCAGGAACAGCCCCAGGGACAGGUCCAGGAACAGCCCCAGGGACAGGUCAAGGGACAGCCCCAGGGACAGGUCAAGGGACAGCCCCAGAUACAGGUCAAGGGACAGCCCCAGGGACAGGUCAAGGGACAGCCCCAAGGACAGGUCCAGAAACAGCCCCAGAUACAGGUCAAGGGACAGCCCCAGAUACAGGUCAAGGGACAGCCCCAGGUACAGGUCAAGGGACAGCCCCAGGUACAGGUCAAGGGACAGGUCCAGGGACAGCCCCAGCAACAGCCCCAGGGACAAGCCUGGGCUGGCGGGAUGACACCCCUGGCCAGGGAGCAGCCCGUUGCCAGCACAGCUGGAGAAACACCUGAUGCUGGUGGGAGUGGGGGAUGGGGAAGACCUGUCCCCAGAGAGGGUGGCCAGGGGGACCCUGCUGCCCGACGCCCGCCCCCAGGCAGCCAGACCCCCAGGGGCAAGAGCAGCGCAGCCCCUCCCCUGGAGCCCGAGAACGGCCCGGCCGUGCCCACACCUGGAGCUGGGGGCUGCUGGGGCGCCUGGGCCGAGGGCCAGGAGGGGCUGCCACGGCGGCCGGGGGCGCAGAGGGGCCCCUGGGGGGAGCCGGCCACGGCAGAGCAGGAGCAGCGCAGAAAGCCGUUGCCCCUGGCCAAGUACAGAGCCCAGAGCUUCAGCGACCAGAGGUCCUUCGAUUUGUCCUUCAGGCCAGCGAGCCUCAGAGCCAGCGACACCUUCGACCUCCCCAAGUGAGCCCCAGCCUGGCCACCCACGCCCCUGGCGCCAUGAUGCCGCUGGUUGCCCGGCGUUACACGGGUCUCCUGCCUCCGAGCCUGGUUCGAGUGUGCCUGCAGAGAGGUCCGUCUCCUCCAUCCUCCCCCACUUUUACGUGACCUGGUCUUGGGGGGCCUCAAGUGACUUGGGGGACCUUCCCACUCGUACCCACCUGGUCUUGGGGGGCCUCAAGUGACUUGGGGGACCUUCCCACCUGUACCGCCGCAACCUCCUCAGAGCCGGUGCCAGAGCUGUGGCGGGGCUGCCCGUGGCCCCGUGGCUUCACGUGGCUCUCAUGUUCCUCUGCACCUUUGCGUGGAGGCCAUUGCCUGUGUCCGCGUGGCAGGGGUGACACCAGCACCACACGUGUCAUGAGACUGACGUUUUGAGGGCUCCCCGCUCUCGCCAGCGUGGCCAGGCUGCCCUCACCCGCCCACUCCCACGUGGCCGUGUGGCACCCACCGUCCACAGCCAAACGCCAGACCCGUGACGUGCACCCAGCCCGGCCACUUUGUUAGUAUCCCGGACUCAUUUUCCCAAGCUUCCUGCUCCCCCGCAACUGUCGCAGAGCCCACGUGAACCUGUCGCCCGGCCACGCCUUGGUGCACAUGGAUGCUCGCCACAGAGCAUGCAUCUCCCAGCCCACUCGGUGGUCUCUGGACACGGGGCGGGAGGCUGUCCAAGCGUCCCGCGGUCCCUCCAGGCAGCUGGCUCCCAAGCGAACCGGCAGGACCGACCACCCGGCCAGCCCGCCCGUCUCUGGCUAUGUCCCUCCUCCGUGGAAAGCGUUUCUGCAUUUCGAAGACGCCCUGGUGUUUGCUGCCGUGGCAGCGGUUUCUUGAAGUGCCUGCUCGUCCCGGAGAAGGGCCCUGGCGUUUCUGGCUCGAGUGUCUGUUUAGGGAAAGGCAUGUUCUAGCUCCAGCUCUCAGCCCAGUGUCUGUCCCUGCCGAGGCCGGGGCGAGGGGGCGUCUCAGCCACACGCAGACGGCACAGUCGCCCGGGGGUGGCCCGGGCUCGGCCAGGGGCCCUGCUCUGGGGCAGAGCACCUGCGCUAGGGAGGUCCCCCCUCUCAAAGAGCGUGUGGGUGUCGGGUGCCACGGCCCCUGCUGUGGGUCUCGGGGACCCUGCACCCAGCGCCGGGGCUGAUGUCCCCAAGCUGCCAAACCCAGGAGGCUCCUGAGACAGACCCGCGGGGGCCCCCCGAGGACGGCCCUGCCCACACCGGGGCGUCCUCCCGGAGCUGUGCGCCCCAUACACACACCUGGCGUGGUGGCAGCUCACUCAUUCACACCUUGUUCCUCAAAGGAUUCGAGGCCACGUUUGGAAGAGAACAUGACAGACAGAGGAGACAAAGACAUUAAUGCUGCAUUCACCAGUGAAAUGCCGGUGGAAGACGGGCGCGGAGGCUCACCCCUGUAAUCCCGGCACUCUGGGAGGCCGAGGCGGGCGGAUCGUUUGAGCUCUGGAGUU